AUGGCAGGGUACAAGCUACUCAUGAGCAAUGAAGCAGAAGAAUUUGUUUCUGACGAAUCAGUUGAUUCGAAAGGAAGACCUAGUGUAAGAGCAAAGACUGGAGGGUGGAGAGCUUGUUCCCUAAUUAUUGGAUACGAACUUGUUGAAAAGUUGGCUUUGUCUGGCGUUUUGGCAAAUUUAAUGGUGUAUCUGACGACCAAGCUGCAUGAAGGCACUGUCUCCUCCUCCAAUAAUGUCAGCAAUUGGAUUGGCACACUUUCUCUAACGCCCUUACAUGGAGCAUACAUUGCUGAUACAUAUUUGGGAUGCUUUUGGACAUUUGCAGGCUUUUCAUGUAUAUAUAUACUGGGAGUGGGAAUUUUGACCCUAACAGUUUCAUUGGGGUCUUUAAAACCACCAUAA